UAAAAAUAGUAAAAUAAUCAAAAUUCAUAUUCAAUUUAUGAAGAAUGGACUCACCAUAAUCCACACAAAUUACAAUAAGUAAAAACAAAAUUGUACUACCCGCACCCUUAUAUACCCCGCAUGUGCAAAGUGUGACUUGCCAUAAACUACUGGUACUUUAAAUAAUAUCAUCGUAACUAUUUGUUUUCUUAAGGUUUAGAAUGAGAUGUUCUUACAGCUUUCCAAUGUACAUUUCACAUCCACACAGCGAACUAUAGAAGGGAGCUUAUGUCAAAGAGCUUAGAACAAUUACCAGCUUUCUUCACAUGCAUAAUUGAUUAAGACUUUUGGCUUUGUAAUGUAAUGAAGAACUCUGCUCAAUGGACACCAUGUCCCAAAUCUAAAAUGUAUUCCUUACUGUGAACAAGUCAUACUUUAUUAAACAAGCUGCACAAGUACCAUGGUAAAACAAGUGGAGCUAGUUCCAGCUGGCUGUCAGCCUUGGAAUCAUGAUGUUGUUGCUGUCCAUGGGGAUAAAUUUGCAUACAGUGCUACACUGGCUAUUUACAUUUAUAAGUUUGAUCCAAAGUAUAAUGAGUAUUAUCUUCUGUCCAUCAUGUCAGAGCAUAAAAAGACAAUUACCUCAAUUUGUUGGUGUCCAGAAAAUUCAAAUUAUCUGGCCAGCUCUAGUGUUGAUGGCACAGUCAUUGUUUGGGAUAUAAUCAAGCAAGCAACUGUUGCCAGGCACACUUCAAAGGAGGCAGUGUUUUCUUUAGGCUGGUCACAUGAUGGUCGACAUUGUCUUGGAGUUAUGAACAAAAAAGGUCCUCUAUGGUUGUGGUACACAGAAGAUGGAAAAAAUGUGUCCAUGGUCAAGGAAACUCAAAACUACUCAUCACCAGUCACGUUGUUUCGCUGGCAUCAUGAAAAGCAUGCUUGCCUGGCUUUUGGACAUGAGAAUGGCACACUUUCAGUUCUGGAGAUAGGUUCUAAAAGUCUCAAACACUUGUUCAAACCUGAGGACAGUGGUGAAUAUGAGGAAAACUCUAACCCCAUCAUCACACUUGAGUGGGAUCCACUGUCCAAUGACUACCUUUUGAUAUGUAACAAGCUAGAAGGAGUCCGCCUGGUUGAUAUCUCCAGUCAAAGACUCAUCAUGCAAUUUCAACUGCCUAGUGCAGCUUCUCAGGUUCAGACUCUUGCUUGGAUCAAAAAUGCUCCAGGGAUGUUUGUUACAGGUGAUUUCAAGGGAGGUAUUUUAAGAGUAUGGAGUGUUUCUAAUGUGACACCCAUUGAAAAUAUUAAAAUUAAAGCCAUUGGAUUUCAUCGGCUGGAAGUCUUGAAGCACGUAAAGAAAAGAAAUGUUAAAGAUGCCGAAGUUUUGGGAAUCACAGAUCUUAAUCAAAACAGCCACUCUAAUCAUGUUUCAUCAACAAGUGAAGCUAAGUCCUCAGCUAUUACAACAUUAUCAAACUUUGCACUACCUCCAGCAGAAAUAGUUUGUACUUUUAAAGAUGGAGGUGUUGGACUUUAUGACCUUGGGCAUAAGAAAUGGACAUUUCUCAGAGAUCAGGGUCAUAUAGAAACUAUAUUUGACUGUAAAUUCAAACCUGACAACCAAAAUCAUUUAGCCACAGCUAGUUUUGAUGGAACAGUCAAAAUCUGGGAUAUCACUACGAUGACUUGUCUUUCAUCUUCCCCUGGAAAUGAAGGUAUUAUUUAUCACAUCUCCUGGGCACCUGGUGACCUUGAGUUCAUUGCUGGAUGCACCGCAAAGCAAGGUGUUUUUGUUUGGGAUGUCAAUAAAGGCAAAAUCAUCAAAAGGCUUUCUAAUCAUGCACCCAAAACUACAGUCUACUGUGUGGCUUGGAAUGAAAUAGAUUCUAAGCUUGUUAUGACUUGUGGAGCUGAUAAUUAUUGCAUUGUUCAGCAAGUGGAUGGUUGGGUGAUGCAGAAAUAUAAACAUCCUGGAGCUGUGUAUGGCUGUGCAUGGAGUCCAUUUAGCAAAGACAUGCUGGCUACAGGCUGUGAAGAUAAAUGUCUUCGAGUAUUUUACAUGACAUCAAGCUCUACCCAACCCAUUCGUGUGUUUACAGGUCAUGAAGGUAAAGUUUUUCAUGUCCGCUGGAAUCCUCUAAAGGAAGGAAUUCUGUGCAGUGGGUCAGAUGAUGGUAAUAUCAGAGUCUGGGACUACACUCGGGAUCAGUGUGUUUGUAUUCUUUCUGGUCACAAGGCACCAGUCAGAGGGCUGACUUGGAACACUGAGGUGUACAGCCUUCUAGUCUCAGGAAGCUGGGAUAGCACAAUAAGAAUCUGGGACACAAGGGAUGGAGCUUGCCUGCACUGCAUCCUUGAUCAUGGAGCAGAUGUUUAUGGACUGACAUCACAUCCAUCACGUCCAUUCCUGUUAGCUUCCUGCUCCAGAGACUCUACAGUCAGACUAUGGACCAUCACAUCACUGAUCCAACCAAUAGAGUUGCACUUGCUGGCAGGGAAACCAUGGUCAGAGUUGAGUUCAUCUGGAGAUUCUUGUUUACUGUCUGGAGAUUUAUCAAGUCAGAUGUUGGCAGGUCGAGUGUCCAAAGAUCUAUAUACAUCCAUGAGUCAGAGAGAAAAUGUCAAAGCUUCACUUUUGGAAGGUUUUUCAAAGUUCUUUUCUCAUCCGUGUGGAGUAGACAAUUUAUGGGAUCUUGUUUCUGUAUUAAUGGGGCAAAACUCUAUGAUGCUUUCACCAUCCUACAUCAAGGGCAUUGUACACAGACAGCAUCUAACUCAGUUGAAAUCAUCAGAAGCCCAGCAACUUGAAAUGAUUAAAAUGUCCAAAUUUGGAGCUGGCAUUAAUGCUCCAAGCAAAGAGGAAAGACUGAAUGAAGCUGCAAACAUUCAAAUUAAACUGGGCAAUGUGCAGCGCUACUGUGAAAUCAUGGUUGAGCUGGGGAAGUGGGAAAGAGCCUUAGCUGUGGCACCGUCAGUUUCAAUGGAAUAUUGGCACAAACUAAAUCAAAGGUACUGUAAGGCACUCAUUGCUGAAGACUGUGAAGAGAGUCUCCCUUUUAAUGUGGCUGCGGGCAAUGUGAAACAACUAGCUUCCUAUUUCACGUCAAGAGGACAGUUGGCAGAUGCAGUACUCAUUGCUCAGAGUGCACACGAGGGCUCCAUUAAAACACCUGAAGUUAAAGAAACAGUAGUUAGCUCUUGUGGAGACACAGAUUUAGCAAUGGAAAAAUUGAUGGUGGAAUUAAUGGAAGAGUUAGCAGAGUCCUACUUUAACAAAGGUUCACCUGUCAUGGCUGCAUGUUGUCAUCUUGCUAUUGAUGAUCAAAAGAAAGCUCUCUCUAAGCUGAUUAGAGGUCAUGAAUUAGAGUUAGCAAUGUCAGUUGGCCUGGUAUUAGGUGGUGCAACAAGUCAGACGGAUAUAGUUUUAGAAUUGCUAUCGAGAAGAUGUGAAGCAUUAGGAAAAUGGGAUCUUGGCCUUGACCUUCUAAAGUUACAAAAAUCACCUGCUAAUCAACAAGCAAUGCUUUGUGCCAGAUGUUCUUCCAGCCUUGCAGAAAAAAAUCUGUUGCAUCAAAAGGCCGGACUUCCACUUGUAGAGAUGUGUGAUGCUAAGGCCAAUUCCAUGAAAUCCUCACCCAAUGACAUACAAGAAUGUGUGAAAUAUUAUUUGUUAUCUUCCUCUCCAGAAGAGGGCUUACUUCUUGGUCUGCAGUAUGUCCAUGAUGUAAUGAAGUCUUCCAACUGGAGAACAGAUGAGGUAUUCCCUAUGAUUCAACUUUUAGGAUGUAUCAAAACAGAGAAGCUGCAACAGAUUAAGUACACAGAAAAAAUGCAAGAACUAUUAGCUUUGUCAGCGUACAUUGGAGCACUCAUAGCCAUAAAAAGAGAAUAUUAUCCUAUUGUAGAGUCAUUAUUUCAACAUGCAAGGAGUUUAAUUAGAAAGGGACAUCUGAAAAUGACUUUAACUGAGAAGCAUGUGGAUGACAGUCUUGAAGUCUAUUCAGCAGUUAUUGAAGGGAGAGUAACAGAAGCUACAGAACUGGCCUAUAAAAAAUUGCUGAAGUGUUGUGGCAGUGAUCCAUUCAAUGCUAUAGAACUUGGUCCAGAUUAUGUAGCUAGCUCUCAUCUGCCCUCACAUUCUGACAUUCAUGUGUCCUAUCUGUCAGGAGAGAGAAUCAAGGGCCAACCUUUCUUCUUGGAAGAUGGAAAUUCAGUUAUUUCUCUAAGUGAAGCUCUAAUGUGGGCGAAGGUGAAUCCCUUUUCACCACUUGGAUCUGGUGUACGAAUAAACCCAUUCUAAAUAUUUCCUCUAUUUUUCAACCUCCAACUUACAAAUCAGUGUGCUGUGUUUUGAAUCUCAAGGCUAGUGUUGACAUACAUGUGCAUUCCAGGUGAAACAUGUUCAAAUGACAUACAUGUGCAUUCCAAGCAAAAAAGUGUUUUAACAGACUUCAGGAAAAUAAAGAAGAAUAUUCAUUCAGGUGCUAGAAAAAAUCACAAAUGAAUAUGCCAGAUAUUUGUUUCAGUUUGCAUUACAUAUAUUUCAUUCCUUGCACUGCCUUUAUUUCAUGUAUUCACCGUGUGGUCACCAGGGUCUGUGAUAUUUUUAACUUUUACAAUUUUCUUUGCUAUUUGAAAUAGUAGAUAGUAUAUAUUGAAUUUAAAUAUUCUUUUUAAAAUCAUUGUUUUGUACCAUGUAAGCAAUAAAAUUUCUUAGAAUUUCAGUUUUAAAAUUAAUUUAUCACUUUUGAAGAACAAUAUUGUUUAAACCAGUGAUGCCUAACCCCUUUCAAUGAACGUCAUGGCUGAGUGGUAAAGCACUUGGCUUCCAAACCAAGGGGUCUCAGAUUUGAAUCCUGGUGAAGGCUGGGAUUUGGGGAUUUUUAGGGUUCCUCAGAGUUCAACUCUAAUGGGAACCUGACCACAUUACAUCUUGUUAAGCUUCAACAAUUGAAACUCAUGACCUUUACAUCAUCUGCUCUAUAGAUUGCAAGUCUGAAAGGGGAACUUUACUUUUUUUUUUUAACCUUCUUUUGACCUGAAGCAAAUAAUUUUCCAUACAUGAUCCUCUACAACUUCAUUAUACACCGUGGGCAGAUUAGACUGAAUUGUAAUGCAUCAUGGGCCGGAUAUAGUUCGCUGGCUGUAGUUUGGGCAUCACUGGUUACCAUGUGGAGACAAUAAUUUCACAGAGGCUGUGUUAUCAUAUUGAGAUGAAUAGAAUAGGCAUGUGAGAUUCAAUAACUUGGAAGUUUUAUUAAUCUGUGCUUUUUUACUUUGCUCUUGUCAUGCCUAAAUUAAUUUUAUUUCAAAUUAUGCUUAUGAUAUUGUGUCCAAAAUGUUUCAGUCAAUAAUUGUUUAAAGAAAGUGCUUUUAUUUUGGUUAGUUUGAAUAGCUUUUAUAUAGCGCAACUUUUCAGAGCGCCAUGGUCCAAUCUCAUUUGUGGAACAGUUGGGGAAGAAGGUAUAUGGGAGGUUUUCCAUGCUGCCUUUAGGCGCUCAGUAAACACAACUUGAGUCUGGUGUUGAUCCUUGAGCCCCCUUGAUAGGUAGCCAAGCCAAGUUCAAGCAUACUUAGCCUCUCAGCCACACAUCCCAACAUAAAAGAAAGAAGUUUUAUUGUGCCUAUAGUUUAUAAAAUUAAGCAGUUUGGUGCUAAACUAUGAUCCAUUCUGACAUAUAGUUCAUCCCCAAAAUAUAACUUAAUUUCACCAUCCCCAGUAAUUGUCAUUUUUUGUUUUUUCUAAUUUGUUUACUAUUCAUUCUAUGUGUUGUAACUAGAUUUUUUGUUGUAACCUGUUGUUAUUGUUGUCUGUUUUGGAUAGUCUACUCCCACACAUUAACACACAGAUGAUAAUAAUAAUAAUAAGACUUGUCUUCGAGUCUGAAGAUUAAUGAGGUUUGCAGUAUUUUCUGUGGCUAUGCAGCCCCAGUUGUGGCCUACAUAUUUUGUCACAUCCAGGCCAGCAUAAUCAUUGUCCGUCAUUGGUCAAUUAAGAUUUUCUUUUUGCCGUCUGCGUCUGUCCUCGGCAGCAGAAUUUUUUUUGGUCUCAAAUGUGUAUCCCACAGUCUUUGUGAGUGACCUCCAGCUGUCUCAUUCUAACGCAGCAUAAAACCACAUGCUCUCUUCUAUGUCAGCUAAGGCAAGUUUGCGCCUAAGCUAAUCUUAUAAAGCGUUUCCAUGGGGCACCUCUGUUACGCUGACCACCUUUUAGCUCACCAAAAAAGACUGCUUUUGGCAUUCAUUCAUCUCCCAUACAGGAUAUGUGCCCUGCCCAGCAUACCUGUAGGACUCUUUACCAUUAGAAGUUCCUCUAUACUGUCCAUAACGGCGUUCGCAAGGACAUCGCUGUUUGUAGUGCAGUCUUGCCACCGUAUGUCCAUGAUGGAGCGCAUUGUUGUUACUUGCAGUAUAAUUGCCUUUAGAUAUUAUAAUUCAGGGUAAUGUGAAUCCAAAAUUAAUGAAAACUAAAAACUAUUUGUACACCCUCUUCUUUUUCUAUGAUACUUUUGAAGCUCUAAUUGUACCUUUUUCAUAUUUACUUUCCACAAAAAAAUUAUCCAUUCUACAACGUCAGGCUUAGUUUUUGUCAACUCUACCUAACUGAAUAGACUGUUUUUUCUAGUUAUCAAAUCUAGUCUAUAGCCUGUAGCAAUGUUGGUGAUCUUGACUCAUUUCAAUGAUCAUUUGAAAACAAAUUUGUCUGCAAACAAAUAUUUUAUUGGUAACAAAAAAAAAACAGAAAAUAAUGUGAGUUUGUGUUACACACAAACUUAUUGGUGGUCCAUGCAGGUCAGUUGUACUCACAUAUAUUGUUUUUCACAACCACACUGACAUAUCCUUGAAACUUUGUGACUUAUCACAAACUGCCUAUUGAAUCUUGUUUAAAAAAAUAUAUCUAUAUAUAUAUAUUUUAUUUUUUGGUUGUUGCACAUUUGAACUCCUAUUUUACAUUUCUUCUAUUCUGUUAUGCCCAAUGAUCACUCUAAGUAGUAUUAGUUAUGUAAGACUUAUAAAUAAAUGUUGUUUUUAAAAUGGUGUAUGUAUCAAAAUAAAUCUACACAUUCAACUUUAAGAACAAAUGAAUUCUCUAUCAGAAGACCAUAAGCAGCUUUUGCACCUAUUUUGAGAAUGAAAUCAGUAAUGGUAUAUAAGAUUAUGAAUAACUCUUUCAGUUUUUGAGAUCAAAUUAGACAAGAUAAAACCAGGCCUUCCCUAUGUGGGCAACUACAAGCUAAUAGCAAUACACUGUUGCCAUCUUUGAGUGUAGUCAAAAUAACUGCUUACCAAUCUGACAGGUUUCUACAAUAAUAUCUUACAUUCAACAUUAGUUAUAUCAUCACAAAAUAAGCCAAAAUCAUUUGUAUAAAUUAUUUUUUGUUUGUGUCUUUGUUAAAUAUCAUUAGCCAUUCAGGGUAUUUUUGAAAUGCAAAAAAAGGGUUUUAUUUAUUAUCACUGUUCCUAUUUAUAUGUGGUUGUAUAUUGUAUCACUUGUGGAUAUUAAUACUUUCAUUUAUGUAUUUAUUUCAAAAGCACAGUAUUAACUUUUGACUUUAAAUUUACCUAAUAGAGUGUUAUUCAUAUUGUUGAAAAAUCAUUAGCCAGAAUCUUUUUUGCUGGCUAACAUUCUCCAUGACAAAUGUUAAGCUUUUGAUUAGGAAAUGAGCCUGUUGAAAGUUGAUUUCACAAUUUCAUCAAUUCUUGUAAUGUCUCAUUGGUUUGUUACAAUUAAAAUAUUUCAAAAAAAAAAAAGAGAGAGUUGGGACUUCACUUCUUGCAACGAAAGGAACUGAGUAUGUGCUUUUGAAUCAUUACCAUUUUGUAAAAUGUGAUAUGUUUUUGUUUUAUUUCAAUUUUCACA